ACAUCUGCUGAGCUAUCUGCACAUCCUCCAACGAAAUCCACCGACCCCAGGCUCAGAGCCCUCCCACAAUAAAAUCCACUGGGAUCUUGGUUUCAUCCCAUUGGUCGGGGAUGCUGCAACAGGGGGGCGAGAACAAUAGCAUCAUUCCGGCAUAAAAAGAGUGGAGCUAUGCCUUGGAGACGAAAACAUUUCAGCAACAGAAGGAUCGAUAUAGAGGGGAGUAAAAAGUCCCUAAAAUUCUGGUGUUGCCAUAUUUUUUAAACCAACCUGGAUUCUCCAGAUUUCAGCCACCUCUCCGAAGUGCCUUUCCGCUGUUACUCGCCAAGAUGCCCAAAGGAUUCCUGGUGAAAAGAAACAAGAAAUCCGCACAUGUUUCCUACAGGACUCGAUCUGAUGAGGAUGAUCUCCAGGAGCUACACACCCCAGCUGCCUUGCCAAGUCAAACGGACCCCUCCCCGCCGAUGUCCGUGGCGUCAAGCCCCGACCGCGCCUCGGUAUCACCAGAUUUCGUCGCAGCCGACGCGCCGGUGCCAAGGCUGGAAAAGCCGGAGCAGUUCGGCAAUCCAGAAGCGGUGUGCCAAGCCAUCUACAGCCCCACCCGACCCAUCAGCAAGGAGCACGACAGGGGAUAUUUUGAGCGAAGUUUCAAUCUGGGCUCGCCCGUUUCUGCGGAGUCAUUCCCCGCAGCCGCCUCGCUCUCUGGCCUGGACCAUCUCCUGUACGCUCCGGUGGACCUGAAAAUCGGCACCAGCAACAGCAGCCGGGGCGGCGCAGCCAUCACAAACACCACCACCACCAGCAGCAGCACCAGCAGCAGCAGCAGCAGCAGCCUAUCAGUACCAAACAACCGGGUCGCAACCAAAAGACCCGCCGCCGAGGGAUCAGAGCGAAAACCUAAAGCCGCCUCAAAGAAACCCAAAGCCAUCAGAAAGCUCAACUUUGAAGACGAGGUGACCACUUCUCCGGUGCUUGGGCUGAAAAUCAAAGAGGGGCCGGUGGAGAUGAAGCCGAGGGCGCAGUCCUCCGGAGGAACCAAACCUUUAGGGGAAUUUGUGUGCCAGCUGUGUAAAGAGGCGUACGCGGAUCCCUUCUCCCUGGCUCAGCACAAAUGCUCUCGUAUAGUCAGGGUCGAGUACCGGUGUCCCGAGUGUGACAAGAUGUUCAGCUGCCCGGCGAACCUCGCCUCUCACCGCCGCUGGCACAAACCGCGGACCAGCACCGGCGCGCCCGCGGUGCCACCUGCGCAGGGCGUCAAACCCGACAUGGCCAAAAUGCAGCCGCUGGGCGUCAAGUCAGUCACCGACGAAACCAAAGACAUGAGUGACAGAGACACCCCGAGUCCCGGGUUGUCCGAGUCUGGCUCUGAAGACGGCUCGUACGACUGCCAGUUCUGCGGGAAGAGGUUCAAGCGGCAGGCCUACCUAAGAAAACACAUCAUGGCUCACCAGGCCCUGCAGAAGAAGGUACUGGAAGAGCACGGGUUUCAAACCAGCGACCGUGCAGCGGCCGAGCAAGCUCCAGCGUCCGCCCCUUCCUCCUCCUCUUCCUCCUCCUCCUCCUCUUCCUCAGCAUCAUCAGAGGAAGCCUCAAACCAAAGCCCCCUGAAUCUGAGCCCGGUGGACUGCCUGCUGUGCACGAUGUGCGGGGAGAGUUUCACCAGCAGGGCCGGCCAGGAGAGACACCUGCGCCUCAUGCACCCCUCCCAGAUCUACCCGUGCAAAUACUGCCCCGCCACCCUCCCCAGCUCACCCGGGCUCACCAGGCACAUAAACAAGUGCCACCCCUCGGAGAACAGGCAGGUGAUCCUGCUGCAAAUGCCGGUGCGCCCUGCCUGCUGAAGACAACACAGAACUUGUGCCUUUGAUUGGGGAAAUACAAAAAAAAAAUAAUAAUAAUAAUAAAAAAUAGAAACAAAAAAGUGGCUUUGGGUUAAAAAAAAAAAAAAAAAAAGAUACUAAAAAAGUUGCCCACUGCCAUAACUUUAGGCCAAUGAAAGGCAGGGCUGUUUGAUGUUUAAGUGGUGUCUUUUUCAUGCCAAUCAGUGAUUGUUGAAUGCUUGUCUCGAUAUUUAAUUUACUUAUAGGCCUAUUUUGAGAUUUUAUUUCUCAAAUUAGUUUAUCAAGAGGGGGAAAAUGAAUACAAAGCGUUAGUUUGACUGUUAAAGGGUAUUUUUCUAGCACAGCACAUGCUCAAUGAUAGCUUCUAGACCUAAGAAAUGUCUUAAAAAAAAUCUCAGAAAUCUUUUUUUUUUCUCCCCAUCAAAGUCUGUUGAAUUCACCGACCGUGAUUGCUCUAUCACUGUAGCAUUACGCUUGUUUGUGGAGGACAGAACUUUAUCAACUUUGUGUUGGUGGGGGAAAAAAAGAAAAAGUGUGACUGAAGAAUUUUCCCAGUUUAGUAGAACCACAAAUGCCUUUAGUAAACAGAAAAGCCUAGUCUUAAAUAGCCUGCAUACACAUCCAAAUCCUGCUGUAUAACUGCCUUAAAAAUGUCAACAUAGAUUGUUUUAAUUUUGAGUGCUGGCACAUAUUUUAUUCGAUUUAUUAUUAUUAUUAUUAUUAUUAUUAUUAUUAUUAUUAUUAUUAUUAUUAUUAUUAUUAUUAUC